AUUAUUAAUCACGAUUUUCUACAGAUGAAUCCUGCGUUACGCACAAUCCGAGCUUUCAUUCGCUCUACAAGACACGCUAGGUAUAGCACUCUACCUUCAGAAGCAGUAAUCUUCACAGAGGAUGAUCGUAUGGUCGUCUGCUGGCAUCCAGAGAAACCGUUUCCAUACGAGUAUUCCUUACCUCUGCCCGAGGAAAAACCUGACACAACCAUAUUGUGUAUUGGAGAGAAAGAUGUCACAGAUGUCUUUCGGAAGAAGAAACCAUAUCAAGUUGUAGAAGAACUAGCAAAGAUUACAUAUACUACCAAACACAGGUGGUAUCCUAGGAGCAGGGACAAGAAAGCGAAAAUUACAUCACCUGACAGAUCAUAUCUGUAGAGGAAUACGAAGUGUCUUAAUGGAGAAGCACCAUAUUUAAUUCAUUUUAUACAUAUAGUUAUGUUUUGCAAAAUAUGUAUUGAUAAAUAUACAAAGAUUAAUUAUUAACAGUUCAUGAAUUAGCCAUAAAUUACAUUGCUUAAUUUGUCCAUGUCUUCUAAGAAUUUAAGUAUCAUAAUUCCAUGUUUUUAUGUUACAAAUUAAACGAAGAUGUUUAUCUCUCGUUACAAUG